AUGUUGAAAAGAAGAGAAGAGAAAAAAGAAGAAAGAAAAGAACAGCCAGGAGCUGUUUUAAGAGCUGAUAACCCUUUUUUCGGAAAGCAGCUAGCUGAUAUCCUUGACGAGCUGGAUAAUUAAUAUGGUGAUGGCGACAAAAUAUAUUCUUACCGACAACGCACCACUGUGGGUGCCAAAAUGGCUUUAUUGUCUAUAAAAGAUCCUUUGAUUCUAACCCUAAGAAUGUUUAGUUGCUGUAUGGGGUAGGGUGGCAUUGUGAGUCAGCUGGUAGCCAUUUCUGUCCAGGUAUUAGUUAUUGGGUGGAUUUUAGGUCACAGGCUCGGUCCCGGUCUAUUCCGGACAGCCGUGCUUUUUGCCUGGGUGUCGCCUUUCCUCAAGGUGGCUGAGAGGAGGUAUUGGACUGACCUUUACCUCCAUAGCACCGCAAGACGAACAGCACCAGGGUCUUCCGAACCCAUCCAAACUCAGGGGCAAAGUGUAAUCUUACGAGCUGGAAGGCCCAUCUCCGAAUAUGAGAAACCUUGAAAGUUUAAGAGACAGUUAUCUAAAAGACCCUGAAUGAGCAGUAUACAACCCCCAAUCUUCUGCAAGCCUAAAACGAAAAACUAAAGAUGUCAUGACUGAUCUUAUCGAAGUCCAGCACAAACUUGGCGCCGCUAUGGCAGCUAUUCAUGAGCUUAAUGAAAGAUUAGGAAGAUUUAGCUCUUAA